GCAGCUACAGGUAGCUAGGUACCUAGGUACCUACCACGACCCCACCAACCAAGGCCGUUGCCAUUCGCAAAACUCAGGAUACAAGCACGCGGUGAAUAAAACCCGACCUCCAACUUUCUUCUCCCAUCCGUUACUGCAUUGGGUAAGCCAGAUUCACUCGGCUUUUCCCAAAGUUAUUUCAAGACGUUCACUGACGGGCGCCACAGAUUGGAACCAGGUCAGGUGGCCAAAGUAGCCUGGACAAGAAAGCACCUACCCAUCUUUCUCGUGCUUCAUCACUCUGAUUCGACAACGUCUUACCCGAUAACCCUCAAUCCCCUCCAUCAUGGCCGAUCUUGCCAGUCGUAUCACCAAGCCGAGUGCUGAAGCUUCGGCUGAACCGAUCGACACUCCAGUCGAAGCGGCCGACAAUCCAGUCAAAGCGGCCGAAAUCCAAAGCGAUGUUGCCAAAGCUCAGCUUGACGGCCCCAGCGACUCCGCGCCCGUCGAGACUCGCCUCCUCGAGUCCAGCUACGAUGUUGAGGUGAAACUGAGCGAUCUUCAAAAUGACCAGGAUAGUCCGCUAUACUCGGUUUCUACGUUUGACCAACUCGGGCUGUCAAAAGAGAUCAAUGAUGGUCUUCUGGCGAUGAACUACAAGAAGCCUUCUAAGAUCCAAGAGAAGGCCCUGCCACUCAUGAUCGCCAACCCACCCACAAAUAUGAUUGCCCAGUCGCAGUCUGGCACUGGCAAGACCGGCGCCUUCGUCCUCACCAUUCUCUCCCGCAUCGACUUCAGCAAACCGACGCAGCCCCAGGCCUUGGUACUUGCCCCCAGCCGAGAGCUGGCUCGCCAGAUUCAGAGCGUGAUACAGUCGAUUGGGCAGUUCUGCAAAGACCUGAUUGUCGAGGCUGCAGUUCCUGGUGCCGUCUCGCGCGAUACUGGCGUGAGAUCGAGUGCCGUGGUUGGGACCCCUGGCACCGUGAUGGAUCUGAUCAGACGCCGCCAGUUUGAUGUGUCGCAGUUGAAGCUCCUUGUUAUUGACGAAGCCGACAACAUGCUGGACAUGCAGGGUUUGGGCGAUCAGUGCACGCGGGUGAAAAACAUGCUGCCGAAGAAUAUCCAGAUACUCCUCUUCUCAGCGACCUUCCCCGAUAAAGUCAUGAUGUACGCCGAACGUUUUGCGCCGAAUGCCAACCAGAUGAAGCUGCGUCAGCAGGACCUCACCGUCAGGGGCAUUUCCCAGAUGUACAUGGACUGUCCGGAUGAGCGGACCAAGUAUGACAUUCUUUGCAAGCUCUACGGUCUGAUGACUAUCGGAUCUUCGGUCAUCUUCGUCAGGACACGGGAGAGUGCCAACGAAAUCCAGCGCCGGAUGGAGGCGGAUGGCCACAAGGUCUCUGUUCUUCAUGGUGCUUACGAAGGAAUGAACCGAGAUGCCCUUCUUGACGACUUCCGGACCGGAAAGUCCAAGGUCCUCAUCACCACCAACGUGCUGGCUCGGGGUAUCGACGUCUCCAGUGUGUCCAUGGUCAUCAACUAUGAUAUCCCGAUGAAGGGCAUGGGAGACAGGGAGCCCGACGCGGAGACAUACCUGCACAGAAUUGGCCGAACUGGUCGGUUUGGGCGAGUCGGUGUCAGCAUCAGCUUUGUCUAUGACCGCAAGAGCUUCCAGGCCCUGUCUGACAUUGCCAACAUCUACGGCAUCGAUCUCAUUCAGUUGAGUCCCGACGACUGGGAUGUAACCGAGAAGAAGGUCCAGGAUGUCAUCAAGUCGAGCCGAGCGAGACCCGAGUAUGCCCCAAGUGCUGUUACGGCCUAGAACACCAUCUCCAGUUCGUGGCGUGGGAGUCGUCAGCAGAGACCAUACCGAGGUGGGUUUCUGCUGCCUUUCGCUCGCAGAUAAAUCAACAUCCUUUCGGGAAAAUAGGGGCCAGGGACGAGGUGGAGAAAAAUAUUGUCGGAGGUGGGAGACUUUGCAGCAUCAGGUGCAGGCGGCUGAUAAUGAAGAAAAUGAAUGGAUGAGACCUGAGACCUGAGACCUAGAUACCAACCGACAAUACAGUUUGCUGCAGGUACAUACCUGCUUACCCUGCAGGUUGCAACCCGAACCAC